AUGGGAACAGGGGAAGCGAAGGAGCGUAAGCGGACAUGGGGCGGUCUGCAGCACUUUUUGGUCAGAGUAUCAAUACACGUAGAAUACGAAUACGGGCCAAUCUCCCUGGGCACAUUCACCAACGCUAGCGUGGGUACGCCAAAUCCGCAACAAGGCAGUGAUUGGCAGCCCAGUGUCAGCGAUGGUCAGCUAUGGUCCAUUAUUGGAGCCUUGGGAGAUUCUGACGGCUCCACUCCGCCGAGCCCGUCGCAGGGCCCCAGUGUCUCCAAUGAUCCAGUGCUUAUUGAGGUUAGGGUAGCCCGCCCCCAGAAAACACUUGGAGCCAAGGCUUGA